CUACUUAUUCUGGAUGGUCGCCUUUUGGUAUCAAGUCAAAAGAAUAUAAGAGGACGACGUCAAAUCCCGAAACUUCCACAGUGACUUGGUGAGCCUGGUCGAUCGCGCUCCUACAAAAUCUCGCUCCCACUCGCUUCACAAGUGCCUUGUUUUUAUCCCCUGUUGAAAUUACAUUUUGAAUUUGAAACGGUGAGAAAUGAUGGCUGAUCAUCGGCGCUACACCGACGCAGAAACUUACGGCGGAUUCUGGAAUACUCCGAGUAGUGCCAUCCAACAAUCGCAGCAGCCCGGCUACGAGCAAAGUUAUCCGCAGUCUCACCAGUACCAAUAUUAUCCGGCUGCUGUCGUGUCGGCGGUGGGAUCGCACCACAAUGCCGAUCCUUACAACUGUCAUCCAGCCAUUCCCUUGUCGCCUCCUUCGUCGAGGCCAGUUUCGGUGAGUUCCGAUGAGAACAGCUUGGCCGCAUCCGGCAGCGGACAUCUCAUGCCGCUCUACUCAACUGGCCGCCCGUCAUUCCAUCAAUCCGGUUACGCAACCAACGGAAUCAAACCGGAUCCAGACCGUGAAGAUCAGCGCAGCCACUUUUUCCAGCAACGUCAACAAAUGUCUUCCAUCGAAAAGGACUCGUUCAUGGCGGCGUCGGAAGAAGAUUGCGCAACAUACGGGAGCAUGUCUCAGACGGAAGACUCGCUGGAUUCAGACGGCGACGAAUCAACGUCCGGACACAUCCUGGCGCCGGAAUCUUCGUCGUCGUCGUCUGGCUCGUCUGUGGCGUCGACGGUGGCCGAUCACAACGCCCAACAUCAUUUGGACGGACACCAAGGACGUCGCUGUCUGCUCUGGGCUUGCAAGGCUUGCAAAAAGAAGAACGUCACCGUCGACCGGCGUAAAGCUGCAACAAUGAGGGAGAGGAGACGCUUAAGAAAGGUCAAUGAAGCCUUUGAAUCGCUCAAGCGUCGGACUAGCAACAAUCCGGGCCAGCGGCUGCCUAAAGUGGAGAUUCUGCGCAAUGCCAUCGAAUACAUCGAGUCGCUGGAGGACAUGCUGUCAUCCUCGAGGGAUCCUUCCACAUCGGGCGGUAGCGGCGAUUCCGGCCAGAAUAGAGGAGACAACGAACCCAUAUCGGUUCACAACAACGGCUACAUGACGAACGUUGUGGCCUACUACCAGACUCGACUUCAUCAGUUCAGCGAAUGUCUGACCAACUUCUCUCCGUUAAUCGGUAAUGAAGGAUCUGGUACAGGGCAAGGAUCCGCUCCAGGAUCGUCCAGUCUCGACCGGCUCAGCUUCAUCGUCGAGAGUUUGGCCACGACUUGCACCACGACCACAGCUCCAACCAACACCGGCACAGUCUGAUGAUUAAAAUAUAGUAUUCUCUCUCUCUCUCCUAAGAAAAAGAAAACAAAUUUAUCAAUUGGAAAAUAUUUUGAAAAUGAAACUCAUUCUCUAGAUCGAAACGCACGAGUUGUUUACUAACCCCCUCAAACUGUUGUACAUAUUUAUCCUACUUAAAACAAUAGAACUUUUUUCUCCAUGA